CGGCGGCCGGAAGUGCUGGAGCCCGGCUUGGCGGCGGCGGUGGCGGCGGCAGCCGUGGCGGCUUGUGCGCAUGCUCCGUCGCUCGCCCGCCCUGGCUGCUCGCCGCCCGCCCGCCCGACGGAGACGGAGCCACUCUUUGGGAUGCUGUAACUUCAUCCACAGAAAAAACAAGCCAGCAGCCCCAGCUAGCUGACUUCAUGUGAAAGAUGGCCAAUGCAGAAGUGAGCGUCCCAGUGGGAGAUGUGGUUGUGGUACCCACUGAUGGAAAUGAAGGCGAGAACCCAGAAGACACUAAAACUCAAGUGAUCUUGCAGUUACAGCCUGUGCAACAAGGGAUUUAUGAAGCCGGGUCGGAGAACAGCGCAGCAGUUGUAGCCGUAGAGACCCACACAAUACACAAAAUUGAGGAGGGAAUUGAUGCAAGCAGUAUUGAAGCGAACGAGGAUAUGGAAAUCGCUUACCCUAUAACCUGUGGAGAGAGUAAAGCUGUCCUCCUCUGGAAGAAGUUCGUGUGUCCAGGAAUAAAUGUGAAGUGCGUCAAGUUCAAUGAUCAGUUGAUCAGCCCCAAGCAUUUUGUUCAUCUGGCUGGCAAGUCCACCCUGAAGGACUGGAAGAGAGCCAUCCGUCUAGGCGGGGUCAUGCUCAGGAAGAUGAUGGACUCUGGACAGAUCGAUUUUUACCAGCAUGACAAAGUUUGCUCCAAUACCUGCAGGAGCACCAAGUUUGACCUCCUGAUCAGCAGUGCAAGGGCUCCAGUGCCAGGACAACAGACAAAUGUGGUGCAGACCCCCACCUCGGCCGAUGGGAACAUCACACAGAUCGCCAUCUCAGAGGAGAGCAUGGAAGAGGCGGGACUGGAGUGGAACUCAGCCCUCACCGCUGCUGUCACCAUGGCCACAGAGGAGGGCAUAAAGAAAGAGUCUGAGGAGAUCUCAGAGGACACUUUGAUGUUCUGGAAGGGGAUAGCUGAUGUGGGGUUGAUGGAGGAGGUCGUCUGCAACAUCCAGAAGGAGAUAGAAGAGCUUCUCAGGGGUGUUCAGCAGCGGCUCAUUCAUGCUCCUUUCCAACUCACAGACGCUGCUGUUCUAAACAAUGUGGCGAACACGUUUGGCCUAAUGGACACAGUCAAGAGAGUUUUGGACAACAGACGGAAGCAAGUGGAACAGGGAGAGGAACAGUUUCUCUAUACCCUGGCUGACUUGGAACGGCAGUUGGAGGAGCAAAAAAAGCAAGCCCAAGAUCCCAGACUGAAAUCCCAGACGGUUCAAAAUGUGGUCCUGAUGCCUGUGAGCACCCCAAAGCCUCCAAAAAGACCUCGACUCCAGCGGCCAGCAUCCACCACCGUCCUGAGCCCUUCUCCUGUCCAGCAGCCUCAGUUCACUGUCAUCUCUCCCAUCACCAUCACUCCUGUGGGCCAGUCCUUCUCCAUGGGCAAUAUCCCUGUGGCUACCCUCAGCCAGGGCUCCAGUCCUGUGACUGUCCAUACACUGCCCUCUGGCCCGCAGCUCUUCCGCUAUGCCACAGUGGUUUCUUCUGCCAAGAACAGCUCACCAGACACAGUGACCAUCCACCCUUCAUCAAGUUUGGCACUGCUAAGCUCCACCUCUAUGCAGGAUGGGAGUACCCUGGGCAAUAUGGCCACCAUGGUGAGUCCCAUGGAGCUAGUGGCCAUGGAAUCCGGCCUGACGUCAGCAAUCCAGGCUGUUGAAAGCACCUCUGAGGAUGGGCAGACCAUCAUCGAAAUCGACCCUGCCCCAGACCCCGAGGCUGAUGACACUGAGGGCAAAGCAGUCAUCUUGGAGACAGAGCUGAGGACUGAGGAGAAAGUGGUAGCCGAAAUGGAAGAACACCAGCAUCAGGUCCACAAUGUGGAGAUUGUGGUCUUGGAGGACUGACUGGGGACGGGGCCAAGAGCUGUGUUUUGGUUUGGAAUUUUAAUUAUGUUUAUUUUUAUCAUUGUCCCACUCAUUUCCACAUAGAACCUUUUUUUAAAAAAAAAAAAAAACAAACAAACUACAAAA